AUGGUGAAUUUUGAUUUAAAACACGUUGGCGUCUUUCGCCGUAAGGAUAAAGAGCAUCAGUAUGAGAAUACUAAGAAUCAAGAGACUGACAAUAAUAUGAUGGAUGAGGAUGAGUAUGAUGCGUCUGAGUUUGAGGAUGAUGAAAAUGACAUGCCAUUAAAGGUUAAGAACAGAAGACCUAGAGAAGAUAACUUUACACAACAACGUUUGGCAGCUUAUAAUCCGGUAGUUACACCAAGAACUAUUUUACCACUAUAUCUGCUUAUUGCAGCUGUUUUCGUUAUUGUUGGUGGAUGCACUUUAUCCAUAUCGUCAAAAGUGGAUGAGAUCAUAAUUUACUAUCAAAACUGUACAACUGAAGCUCCUUCAGAUGGUACUUGGAGUGAUAUGUCGUCAGACCAUUAUUCCUAUAGUUUUAAAAACAAUAACACAGCUUCUGUUGUUCCGCAAUGGAGGUACAUUAAUGAUGAAACUGAUACUUCCGAAGAAAGAGGUACUUGUCAGAUCAGAUUUGAUGUUCCAUAUAAUAUUCCUCAACCGGUUUAUUUAAGUUAUUUAAUUGAAAAGUUCUCUCCAAAUCAUAGACGUUAUGUACUUUCAUUUAGUGAAGCUCAAUUAAGAGGUGACGCUGCUUCGUAUAAUACGGUUCAUGAUAAUACUGGUAUUAAUUGUAAACCUUUAGUACGUGAUGAGAAUGGUAAGAUUUAUUAUCCUUGUGGUUUAAUAGCAAACUCGAUGUUCAAUGAUACCUUUCCAAUGGAAUUGAUUAAUGUAAAUGAUAACUCGAAUAAUUAUCCUUUGACCAAUGAGAAAAUUAACUGGCAUUCUGACAGAAGAAGAUAUAAGAAGACUAAAUAUAACCCGGAUGAGAUUACACCUCCUCCAUAUUGGAUAAAACAAUUCCCAGAUGGUUAUAAUGAAACAAAUGUCCCAGAUAUUCAAGAAUGGGAAGAAUUCCAGAAUUGGAUGCGUCCUGCGGCUUUUGAUAAAUUUUCGAAGUUAAUCCGUCGUAAUGGCAAUGACACUUUAAAUGCUGGUUUAUAUGAAAUCGACAUUGGUUUACAUUGGCCUGUAGCUCCUUAUAAUGGUAAAAAAGCCAUCUAUUUAACUCAUGGCUCCAAUAUCGGUGGUAAAAAUCCAUUUUUAGGUAUUAUCUAUUUAAUUGGUGGUUGUAUUUGCGCAGCUAUGGCUGUAACUAUUCUAGGGUUUUGGACAUUUUUUGGUAGAAAAGUAGGUGAUCCAAGUACUCUAUCUUGGAAUAGAGAAUAA